AUGAUCGCUACAAAAUCCAAUCUUUCAUUCUCACUCAAAGUGGUGCAAUCUCCAGGAAUGCCUCCUUCAAAAAUCAAGGAUGAACCAUAUACUUGGGAAGAGAUCGUGGAAAUUGUGAGACACAACCGUCUUGAAAAGUUUGCUAGAUCGGCAGCGCAAACUGAAUCUUAUCACAGUUUUAAGGCGGCAUUGAAAGAUGCAAAGACAUCAGUAUUUAAGUUUUUAUUAGUCAACCAACUCCAUUGGUACGACCCGAAACAAAACAACUCCAUCCCAAUUGACCAAAUAAACCAACUUGAAGACCAUGAAAUCAAUAUUGUUGCUGCUAGUGACAAAUUAUUCGGAGACGAAUCUGAUGUGAAAAUAUUACCCAAUCAUUUCCCCUAUUAUUUUCCUCCAGAUGUAAGCCAUUUAUGUGUUUGGCUGAAGACUCGAAUCCAAAACGACCCUCAUUCUCCAUACGGUGAUAUUUCUCCAAAAACUAGAAAAGAAAUUGAUGCAUAUGUCAGGAGAACAUUUGUUGAAAAUCUCGGCAUCGACCCAAGUAAUAUCUGUUGGUUUCGCAAUUGGGAAGCAUUGCAAUCGGUUAAACUGAUCAGCCAUAUCCAUGUGAUUGUCAAGGGCUUGACAAAGGAGCAAGAAGCCAAGGUUCUAUAUGGACCAGGAAGCAUAGAGUAA